AUGGCAAGUCCGGUGGAGCAGGCGCUGACGGCCUACACACCCGUCCCACCGCCCCCGAUCAGCAGCAGCGGCAGCCGCCCCUUCCAGCGCAUCGCUGUCAUCACCGCUGAGCCGUACGGCGGCGGUGGACCUCGCACAUCCCCCUCCCGCUCGUCUUCGUCGUGGGUCUCGCUGAGAGAGUCGGUGGAGGAGCUCGACAUGCCGCCGCUGUCGGCGCCGCAGUCUUUGAGCUUGCCGAUGACAGCGCCGCCACCGACGAUGCCCCGGAUGGGGGAGUACGGGGGACCGCCGUUCGCACUGUUGUCCGCCGAGGUGAUCCACGCGACGGCGACUUCGCCUUGGUUGUCUGCACGGGGGCAGGGUGGGCGGACGGCGCAGCGGAACACACCGUCGGUGACUCCAUCGCGCGACCGGCGCAGCGUCCCGCUCCUCGCCUUUUCCACAUCCCCGCUGGCGCCGGCCCGUGUAGGAGGCGGCGGCGGCGGCGGCGGUGGGACGACGGCGGCGGCAUUGGACCGUUCCGGCACGAGUGGGAGCGCGGCAGUGGUGCCCAGUGGCCCCCUGGCUGGCGAGAGGCCGAAACGUGGAGGACGUCUCCCCUUCCCUUCCUCCGCAUCUCCGCCAGCCAACGCCGCCAACGCUGCGGCCACCAGCUGGUUGCGCGCGUGCACCGUCACGGAUGAGCUUCGCACAGAUCAGCAGCCUGCCCUGCCACAACGCACCUACCAAACACCGCUGGCCCUCUUCGUUGACUACGUACCCUCGCCCCCAAAGAACGACUCGUUGGUGCUGCACCCGACCGGCUUCAGCGAGAGCGGCUGCGGUGUUUCGUCGUCGUUCGGCCUCUCCCGCACUACGCGUUCCGCCUCGUCAGCCGACUUCUCUGCCACGUUGCGCACCUGGGGCUGCCAGCGAAGUACGCAGCUGAACCACUCUGCCACCUCCUCUGGUCCCAUCAGCCAGCACACCAGCACGCCUCCUUCGUCCGCGUCGUGCGACGCCGCGGCCACGACAGACGCCGACGAGCCGCCGUCCGCCCCACGUGCGACCUUCGCCCCGGUCCCGCCGCCGCCGCCUCCGUCCAGCGACACUGCAGCUCCACGAGGAGAGGGCGGUGCGAGCGGCUCUGCCACGGCGUGGGGUGCACAACGGCGGCUCACGCUGUCGCCGGCUGCGUUGGCGCUGCCCAACGGAUAUCCACCGUUGGACCUCGACGCAUCCACGGAAAGCGUGCCGCCACACGUCUUUCACGUGUCCCCGCGUGCGCCUGCCGCGGCUGCCGUGACUCACUCGACGAGUGGUCCGUCCUCCGCUCACAGCAGGGUGUUCCGCCAUCGCAGAGACGCCGUUGGGAGGUCGGAGAGGGCACGUCAACGUGGAAACGCUGGCCGUUUGUGA